AUGUCGAGUGCCGAUGACAGUGUUGUAGUAAGGUUUGUUACCGAGGACGAUAAAGACGGCUGGCAACGACUUUGGAGGUCAUUUCAGGAGUUUUAUGAAGUUUCAUUCCCGAACGAGCUGGAUGACUUUAAUUUCAAGAGGUUUCUAGAUCCCACGGUAAAAAUGUGGGCUGCUGUGGCCGUUAAUGGUUUGAGUGGAGAGAUCAUUGGAAUGGUAAAUUUUUUCAGCCAUAUGAGUACGUGGGAUUUCAAGGAUAAGAUAUACAUUAACGACCUCUAUGUUGGUGAAAAUUCUAGGAUCAAGGGCGUGGGCCGGAAACUGAUUCAGUUUGUUUACGAGGAAGCCGAUAAACUGGGGACACCUAGUGUAUAUUGGUGCACAGAUGAAUCUAACCAUAGGGCACAGAUAUUAUAUACUAAGAUAGGUUAUAAGGCGCCUAAAAUUAUGUACAAGAGAAACGGGUACUGA